AUGCGACCGUUUCCUCCGGGGAGACAUCUAACAACUCCAAGGCCACCGUCUCCUCCAGCACCUCCAAGUCCACCUCUCGAGCAGCAAGAUCCAACACCUCCAAAGCCACCGUCUCCUCCAGCACGUCCAAAGUGGAAGAGUACCAACACCUCCAAGUCCACAGUCUCCUCCAACAGCAAGAAAAUUUCCUUACCAAAGGAUCCUUCUAAGCAGACGGGAAGUAGCAGUGCAAGCGGGAAAAAAGUUCACCAGCUCGGAGAACAGGAAAAGCAAUCGAUCCCCCCGCUCAAGUUAUCCUCACUGUAUUCUUUUGUACGCCAUUAUGGAGAUGGAAGAUUGUCGAAUGCAGAAGAGAAUGCAGAAGAAAGGCAGUCUAUGGAGGAGGAGGGGGAGGCCGUCGCCGACGACGGCCAGGACGAGGAGUGGGACGCCGUUGCCGACGACGGACAGGACGAGGAGGGGGACGCCGUUGCUGACGACGGCCAGGACGAGGAGGAGGAAAAUGAAGAGGAUGAAGAUGCAAUGUGGAGACGGCUGGAGGCGGAGGAGGCGGCGGAGUAG